UCCUAUCAUUGUUAACAAUCGCGUGAGGCAGUUCGACAAUAGUGCAAAUGAUUCAUUAAAAAAUAUUUUUUAGUAUUGGCAAAAAAUAAGUUACGUUCGAAACAUGGAUACAAAUAGUAAUAUAUUUAAAGGGACAUCUACACAACUUUUGGCAGCUGCUACAGGAACUUUGGCAGCAAUCUCAGAUGGAAUGCACUAUGGUUGGACUGCACCAGUGAUACCAAUCCUACUAAGCGAUGAAUCCCCUGUAGAAACCACCAUGCACCAGGCAGAAUGGCUGGAAACUAUGCUGAUGCUUGGAGCUUUCUGUGGACUGCCCGGAACGAUUUAUUUUGUGGACAAAAUUGGAAGAAAAUAUUCCUUACUGCUUUCAUCCAUGACGACGUUGUUAUGUUGGACUGUUAUUGGAGUUGCUAAUAGAAUUGAGUAUAUUUUUGCUGCAAGAUUUUUUAGCGGGAUGGCAGGUGAUAUGGCUUUUGUGGCUGCUCCAAUGUAUAUUGCGGAGAUUGCUGAUCAAAAAAUACGAGGGUUUUUAUCCAGUAUUAUAUACUUGAUGAUGCUUAUAGGAAUAUUUUUAAUAUAUGCUAUAGCUCCUUAUACUCCUUUCUACGUGCCAUGUAUUAUUGGGGGUGCUCUUGUUGUUGUGGAGUUAAUAGUAUUCCCAUUUAUGCCUGAAUCACCUUACUAUUUGUUAAGCAAAGAUCGACCAGAGGAAGCCAAACACGCUUUAACAAGAUUUCGUCAAACCAAAAAUAUCGAGAAGGAAUUCGAAGAAAUAUCCAUAGCAGUAAAACGUCAAAGAAGCGAAAGAGGUCGCCCACAUGAUUUAAUUUUAGUUAAAAGUAACCGAAAAGCCCUACUUAUAAUGACAGUACUAAAUGGAUCACAACAUUUCAGUAGUAUAAGCGUAAUUUUAAUGAACCUCCAUUUGAUUUUGGAAGCUGCAGGUUCAAUCUACAUCGACCCCUCUCUAGCUGCAAUCAUAUUCUCCAUUAUUAUGUUUACAGCUGCUUGCACAGCUUCAUUUUCAAUUGACAAAUUUGGUAGAAAAGUCUUACUAACCACCUCUAGUAUUCUAACUGGAUGUUGUCUCUUGAUUAUCGCUAUAUAUUUUACACUAAAAAACACUGGUUACGAUGUCUUACCUGUAAGUUGGAUUCCUAUAGUAUCAGUUAUGGUUUACGCAGCCUCGUUUAAGCUGGGUUUAGGCAUGGUACCUAUAGUGAUGACAGCAGAAUUAUUUCCAACAAAAAUGAAAGCUAUCGGUAUGACUCUCGCAGAUGCUAUGUAUGUUAUUUUCGCUAUAUUUUCAAUACAAAUAUAUCAACUAUUAUCUGACGCAUAUGGAAUACAUGUCCCUUUUUAUAUUUUUGCCUUUUCUUGCUUUGGAACUGCGAUAUUUACUACCUUUGUUAUACCUGAGACAAAGGGGAAAACUUUGGAAGAGAUACAGUUCAUUUUAAAAGGUGUGGUACCACCUCCAAGCACGGUCGAAGAGAAGGAAGAAUUUAUAUAAUUAUUUUAAUUUUUAAAUUUUUAAAUCAAUUAUACUUAUGUUUAUUUUUUAUAUAAGUCAAUGUUCA